AUGACCUACACCGAAAUCAACGAUCUCUUUCUAAAUAACGACAAGUUCAAUUCGCUUAUCAUAAAUAACUCGGUUUCGCUAACUGAAAAAGAACUGAAAAGUGAGGAAGAACUAAAAGAUUACGUCCCCAACGGUUAUCAUCCUGCCUACAUAGGUGAGGUCUUGACAAAUGAUCAAAACAAUAUAUCCUACACUUUAAUUCGAAAAUUAGGCUGGGGCCAUUUUUCAACUGUUUGGCUAGCUAGAGCUAAGAAAAUUGAAAUCAAAAAUUCGGAAGUUCAGUCAAAUGAUUUGAAAUACGUUGCAGUUAAAAUUGUUCGUUCUGCAAAACAUUAUACUGAAACUUCAAUAGAUGAAAUCAAAUUAUUAAAAAAAGUUAAAAAUUUCAAUACCAAUAACAAUAACAAUAUAGGUCAGCAUAAUGUCAUCAAAUUAUUAGAUGACUUCACUAUUAAUGGCCCCAACGGUAAUCACAUUGUUAUGAUUUUUGAAAUUCUCGGCGAAAAUCUAUUAUCCCUAAUCAAAAAAUUCAAACACAAUGGCAUUCCAACCAUUCUAGUCAAACAAAUCGCUAAACAAAUCCUAUUCGCCUUGGAUUUCUUACAUAGAAACUGCGGUAUAAUACACACUGAUCUUAAACCAGAAAAUAUCCUACUAAAAAUCAACAACACCAACGUCCUAAAACUAAUCGAUCUAAUAUCAAAUAAAAAAAACCUACUAAAAAUUCUAAGAUUUUAUCAGGACUUUUUAUCUGACAUAUCCAUUUCAAGAAAAAAAAUUAAUAACAAUAACAACAAUAACAACAAUUCUCCAAAUAAAAUACUCCACUCUGAUAAUUUUCUAUCUUCUCUAUCUUUAAUGACAAUUUCAAACAAUAUCGUCAACAAUUCAAAUUUUCCAACCCCACCCUCUUCAGGCUCAAAUCAUGAUACAGAUCUUCCAGAUCAAAAAAUCAACAAUAACAAUCAACUAAAUGAUCGUCUUUAUAAUGACAGUAAUCUCAUAAACGCAAAAAUUGCUGAUUUAGGUAAUGCUUGUUGGAUAGAUAAACACUUUACUAAUGAUAUUCAAACAAGACAAUAUAGAGCUCCAGAAAUCAUCAUGGGUGGUUCUUGGGGUUGUUCUGCUGAUGUUUGGUCUUUUGCUUGUUUGAUUUUCGAAUUAUUAACUGGUGAUUAUCUUUUUGAACCCAUUGAAGGUCAUUCUUAUUCAAGAGAUGACGACCAUUUAGCUCAAAUUGUCGAACUUCUAUCUUGUCCAAAUCCUCACGAAGACCAUGAUCUAGUCAAUCUAGUUAAUGGCUGCUCAAAAAGCUCUUCGUUUUUCAAUGAUAAUUACCACUUGCAAAAUUUAUCAAGUUUAAGAUUUUGGGAUUUGAAAAGAGUCUUGAAAGAAAAAUAUAAGUUUUCUGAGCUUGAAUCAAGGCAAAUUAGCGAUUUUCUUUUACCAAUGCUCAAUUUAAACCCUAAAAAAAGAGCCGAUGCUGGUGGAAUGAUCAACCACCCUUGGCUAGAAGAUACCUUUGGCAUGGAAAAUGUUUUUAAUCAGGAAAGAAAAUUGUAUAAUAGUGGUCUAGAUAUGCCUGGCUGGUGCAGUGAAGUCUUUCAUUACACACUGUAUUAUAAUCCCAAUCGUCGUUAUAAUAGCCAUAGAACUAAUUAUAACCGCCAUCGCAACAAUAACGGGAGUUUUUACUAUCGUAACAAUAAUAACAGUUCUUAUAAUCGCAGUUAUAAUUAA